AUGCUACGAAGCAAAAGAAGGUUUAAAAAACCACUCAUUCUUGUGUUUCUCAUCAAUAUAGUAUACGUAUUAACCUUUUGCCUAUCUCGUUCAGCCAAUAAAAAUGUCGAUACCCAACAGAUACAUAUCACCACAGAUGGCUCAGAUCUGCUACCGCAACUAGCAAAUACCGAUAUAGACUACGCUAGAAAGUUGGAGCAUUUACUAACCAACAUGGAACCACCAAAACAUACAACUACUUUAGAGAAAUCACUAAAGGAGUUGAAUAAUAUUGCCCAAUCGAAUCUACUUUAUCAAGAUGAUCGACUCACUUUUGGCUCACUUUUUGACCACAUUCUAUCUCAAGAUAGCAUCCCUAAAGCAAUACCAUUUCAGUGGUCAGAUUGGGUGGACUUGUCAUACUUGAAUCAUCAGUUAAAUAAACCAUUUGAACAACGACUCAAAUGUCUAGACAUUAUACACGAAAUGAAUUUUGUGCCUUCGGGAGGCAGGGCAAGAGCAAAAUCAGACCCAAAGAGAAUUGGCUGUAUAGAUACCAAGGAUCUUUCUGAUGAAGAAGUUAAACAAUUGGGGUUCCAAGAUAAAUCGGAAUUGCCGGGAUUUAUUCAGUUUCAGCACACAUCAGUUACAACCACAGAGUAUGUGAGGAAUUUGCAGGGAAAAUCGUACUUGUUAACUCAUCAACCACUCCCCUACAAAAUCAUGUUUUUGAACGAUUAUGGUGAUGAUUUACUGUUUGAUGUAUACAAAGGACGUCGUCCUGAAACAACAAAGUCCAAAUUCAAUCUUGUUACCCAGUUUGAGCAAAUUGCUCCAAAUACAACUUUCAAGUAUAGCCCACAGCCUCUUAUAGAGUUGCAAGAAAAACAUUUCACCUACAAUCGGAUAAUUCUUGCUCAAAAAUGGAACCAACUUCGCACAGCAAAGGAACCACUUGAUCUAAUGCAGCAAUCUUUUUUAAACUCAAUGGUGACCACUAUAGAAACCAAGCCAUCGAGAAACCCUGAAACUAGGUAUUUCAAAGAAGCCACCUUGCAUACGAAUUUCGAUAAUCUGGAUUCGGGAUGGCAUUAUGAUUGGCGGUUUUUCAACGGGAAAUUAGGUGAUAAUGUUGAUCGUACAUCAAUCAUAAUGGAAAGGUUACUGCGCAACUGGUUCAAAUUUAGUGAGAAACAUGGCAUGGUUAGCUGGAUCGCCCAUGGUCCAUUAUUGAGUUGGUAUUGGAAUGGAGGUACAUUUCCAUUUGAUAAUGAUUUGGAUAUACAAAUGCCAAUUGAACAUUUACUAAAAUUGGGUGAGUUUUAUAAUCAAACUUUGGUUGUUGAGGAUGUACGUGAAGGUACCGGAAAAUUUCUUAUUGAAGUGGGGACUUUUGUUCAUAAUCGACAAAUAUCAAAACGUGGGAACCAUAUUGAUGCAAGAUUUAUUGACAUUGAUACAGGGGUUUACAUUGACAUUACCGGUUUGAGUACAAGUGGAGCUUCUCCAUCGUCAAACUAUUUUCAAAAUGUCAAUGACGAUGUGGACGAAGGACCUGUGUUGGAGAAGGGCGCUGCUGUGUUUAAUGAUAGACGAGUUCAUUUCUAUAACCUACCCCACUUGUCCCCAUUGAAAUUAACCAUGUUGAAUGGUGUACCAUGCUAUGUCCCCAAUUCAAUAAUCCAACGAUUAAAAUUUGAAUACCCCAACCGUGCAUUGACAAAAGUGGAAUACAAGGAUUGGUAUUUUGUCAACAAAUUGCAAAGUUGGAUCCAUGAACCCUCAUUGGUGAAGGCUCUCGAUCCUAAUGACUACAUGAAAUCAAAUGGACGUGUCAACAAAACAAAGCUCAAAAAACUCAUUCAAAAUUUAUCAGAUGAGGAGAUUUAUCAAAUCUUGACGGAAAACCACCAAGUCUUGAUUGAUUACUACCAAUCACAAGCAUUGGCGCAGUAUCAUCAACGAGAAAUACGUCACUUGUUUCAAGUGGAUGGUACUAAACACAAAAAUGUGAAUGAUUUGCCGCAGGGAAAGAUUUUGGAUAACCCAAAUGCAUAUGCCGAUCAAGAGUAUAUUCAUCUUAUCAAACAAGGUGUUCACUUGAAGCCACCGGUGAGAGAGUCGUUGUUUGAAUAUGAAAAAGUAAAUGGUUACAGAGACAAGCAUAACCAACAAGCAUUUGAAAAGUUGGAUAAGAUUGAAGUUCACUAG